GUUAGAAUCGCUAUAAAAAAAGCAAUGCUCGGAAGUCCUGUGACCAAAAUGAGAUAAUUAGCUAAAACCUCGGCGAAACGAAAAUACAGCCAAUGUUUGCCCAUAUGGCAAGCAGAUCAUAUGGAGGAUCGUUGGCGCGUGUAGCUUUCAAGUGUCUCUCCAAUGUAAACUCAAGCAGGACACCGAAAUUGUUAUCAAGGUGCCAAUUGGGAGCUUUUCCACGGCGUGAAUACCAACAAAAGCGUAAUGGAAGCUCUGCAGACGCGACUUUAGCCCGAAAUAUUUGGAACAAACUCUUCGGAAAGUAUUUAUUAGCGACUAAUAUUCUUAGUUCCGGCAUUUUAAUGGUUAUUGGCGAUUUAAUUGCGCAAGAGAUUGAAUACCGCCGUCAUAAAAUUGAAUCAGUUGACUUUGACAUCAAACAUGACAGAUAUGAUACAAACCGUAUUUGGCGAAUGUUUAUUGUGGGCGCAUUACAAGGACCACUUCACCACUAUGUUUACAAAUGGAUGGAUCAUGUGAUGCCUGUGGCGAAUAUGCGGAAUACAUUGCAAAAAAUAUUGAUUGACCAAGUGAUUAUGUCUCCAGCUUGCAUUUUGAUAUUUUUCUACUCUGCUUGUUACCUAGAACAGAGAUCAGUCGAAGAGACAAAUACGGAACUGUGUGAUAAGUUUCCUAUUAUUUAUCUAAUGGACUGGACAGUUUGGCCGGUCGCACAAUACGUAAAUUUUAGAUAUUUAGAUACAAAGUACAGAGUAAUGUUCGUAAAUGUUUGUACAGCGCUUUAUAACAUAUUCUUGUCCUAUAUGAAACAUGAUUUUUAGCUGAAUUUCUUUAUUUUAACGUAUUGUGAUACAUUAUAGUCAAAGUUGUGUCUAAUUAUCUAAUAAAAUAUUCCCAGUUGGCGCUGUA